AUGCUCAGGCUUCAGGCCACUUUAUGGAGAACGAGGCGCGGUGACGGACACUUUUACAGCCGCUGUCUCGUCUUGUUCGUCUCUUAUCAGGGGGGCGGCCGCCAUUACGGCUCCAUCAACAUGAAACGGCCUGACGUGGGCUUGUCCGGCACGGCGCGGCUCGGACCAUUAGAGAGAGGAGGGGUCCUGGCGGUGUCAGGGCAGCGUCAUCGUAAUGAGGCUUCAAACCCUUCAGCUCGUCUCCAGACUGUGGUCAGAGGCAGCAGUAAAAAGUCCCAGAGCACUCAGUCAUAA